AUGAUGAGUACUCCGAUUAGAGUUAGUGAUCAAGAUGAUGAGACAACCGCCUCGCCGGCCACCUCAGCUGAACUCACAGAGAUGAGCACUACAGAAGAAGAAGAAGACAUGGCUAACUGUUUGAUACUUUUGGCUCAGUCGGGUCAGACACAAAUCCAAAAAGUUCAAGAACAACAACUACUACUACUACAACAACAGCAGCCUAUCAAGGCUGUUGCUGCUGCUGAUACUGCUCCUGGGUUAUAUGUGUACGAGUGCAAGACAUGUAACAGGUGCUUUUCUUCUUUCCAAGCACUAGGUGGGCAUAGAGCGAGUCACAAGAAACCCAAGGUCAUCAGUAAUGUCACCAACACAACACAAGCACAGCCCAAGAAAGCGUUGUCGUUUAUGGAAGAUCAAGACGAGUAUGAUCGUCGGUUUAACAACAACACAACAAGCACAACGCUUUCGUUACAAGUAUCGAAUAGGGUUUUUGGCAAUAGCAAAGGCACCAAGGUUCAUGAGUGUUCAGUGUGUGGGGCUGAGUUCGCUUCUGGUCAAGCUCUUGGGGGUCAUAUGAGGAGGCACAGAACUUUCAUAAACACUACAACAACAGCACCAGCAGCUCCAACAAUGAGUAGUCCUCAAUCUCAUCAAGCAUCUAACAAGAGGCCAAGAAGUGUUUUGGAGUUAGACCUUAAUCUUCCUGCGCCAGAAGAAGAGCGGCUCGAUAUCACCAAAUUGCCAUUUUCCAGCUCCAAGAAGGAACAAGUCAUUGUCUUCUCUGCCUCUCCUUUGGUGAGAUGCCAUUACUAA